GCGCCCUGCAACUGAAAGUAAAACUGGCAGAAAGCUGCACGAAUGGUUCGGGGAAACCCAACAGAUCUUUAAUACGCCAAACAGGCACAGUUAAACAAAGAGUUAGCAUUUUAACAUUAACAGCAACUAUGCCUGAGAUUUCGACCAUUUAUAAGAUAUCGAUCAUCGCUCUUACAUUGUUUUUUGGUGCUUCCGCCUCUGGAUGUCCUGUUCUGGAGUGCUGGUUUGUUCAGGAGAAACCGGGUCAUGGAGGGGGUUUCUCAGUGCCAAUGAGUCAAGAGAAAUCUCUAAUGUUCAUCAAGACUGAAGUCUACAGUGAAGAGAGCUUGUCUGCACUUCAUCCUCCUGCAGACAUCAGCCCGUCCAGGAUUUAUUAUGUGACUGAUCCAGCUGGGACGUUCUGCAGCGCUGCUCUGAAUCCACCCAAAGGCUCUGUGAACAAACCCAAGUGUGAGAUUAACCCUUUCAUGCCUCAUGCCUCCAUGGUCAGAUGGGCGUCUGCUCUCACUGACUCCGCCCAGAGUCCGGUCUACCUGCAAGCUGAUUGGUUCUCAGUGGCAGCACAAGGGCUUGAUGAGCAGCUGACGCUGUCCAAUAUCAUGAGAGCGCCUUCAGCUUCUAAAGAGCCACAAGUCAUCCUCAGUGUCUCCAGUAAGACUCCUGUGGUCCGCUCUAGACUGGGAGAAGCGGUUCUGUUGGACUGUGGGUUCUGGGUGGAUCCGUCUUCUCCGGUUCACGGCUCUGGAUUCUCUAUCGAGUGGCGUUAUCAGUUCCGCGGUGAAGGACGGCUGGUCCUCGCUUACGAUGGCAAGAACGAUCGGUUUGCAGAGACAUCAGAGACUGGAGCCGAUAUCAACAUCACAGGCCUCUAUGAAACAGGAAAUGCAUCACUGAUUCUGGAAGAAUCUCAAGUGAGACACUCAGGAACUUACAUCUGCACAGUGUAUCUUCCACACCUGCUGGCUCAGGUAGCUGUGGACCUGGAGAUAGUUGAGCCUCCGUCUCUGUCCAUCUACCCGUCUCCUCUUCCUCUGCUGGUUCCUGGGCAGGUGCUGGUGGUUCAGUGUGAGGCGUCUGGUUUUGCUCCUCACACUCUGGAUCUGAGCUGGGAGUUCAGCGGUGCAGACGGGACGUCCCGGUCUCUGAGUCAGGGCAGUGUAACGGGGCACAGACAGGCGUCUGAUGGCACCUUCAGUCAGAGCAGCCGUCUGGAGCUGGACUCGGGGAAGCUGGGACUCGGUCGUGGUGGAGAAGUCACCUGUGUGGCCAAACACGAGGGAGGAACACGACGAGCUGCUGCGACUCUCAAUGUGAUCGGUGUCAGUGCUCCUUCUAUUGAGGACUCGAUGGCGAUGGUCGCUGUUGCACUUGUUCUUUACGGUCUGAUAAAGUUCCUUUCCUGGACAUUUAGCUCUUCUGACUCCAGUGAAACUGAAUUAAAGGAUAAGAAGGAGAAGUAAACCUGGAGCUGGAGGUGAUUUUAAAAGCUGAACAGUGUGCAGUGAAACUGGUUUUGUAAAGGAUCUUUUGAGAAUAGUUGUAUGUAUUUGAGUUUCAGUCUUUGCUCAUGAUUUUUAGACUGCUGUAUGUGUUCGCAUUGGUUACUCUGUGUAAGUUUUCUUUUUUUAUUAAAAUAAGUUAAAGCAGGUUGUAGAAAAUGCAGUUUAAAAAAAUCUGUAAAUUUUGUCAUGUAACAUGUGAAUUAAUUGUAUUUUAAAUACAACAGGAAUGUGGCCAUUAUUGUUUUUUCUUUGUAUAAGUAUGAAGUCAUCUUAUGAGUGUGAAGGGAGUGUCUAAUCAAACAUUUGAUUUCCCUUUUAAACGUAAUGUUUUAUUACUUUAUCUGAAAUAGUACAGAAUAAUAAUAAUCAAACUUGUCAAACUAAAGACUGUAUUGCAGCAUUCUUUGUAAUAUUUGAAUUUUAUUUUCUGUAACUAGUUCAAACAAAAACAAAACAAAAA